UACUACAUAACGUAACUAGUCAUUCUUAUGAAACCUAAACAUUGGACUGCGCUCACUCUAUAGUUGUAACAUUAGGCUCUUUGCAGACAAACCGAGAGGGCACAUGUGUGUAAAACAUGUCGAUCUACAGGAAUGCCGUUUGGUUCAUGAAGGGACUCCAGGAGUAUACAAAGAGUGGCUAUGAAGCUGCAGCGAAGCAUUUUGCUCCAGCUGACCUGGACGUGAACCUGAGCGGCAGGUCCUUCAUGAUCACGGGAGCAAACAGCGGGAUAGGGAAAGCAACAGCGCAGGAAAUCGCCAACAGAGGAGGAACGGUUCACAUGGUGUGUCGAAACAAAGGCCGAGCAGAUGCAGCAAAAGAAGAAAUAGUAGAAAAGAGUAAAAACCAGGAUGUUCACGUCCACGUGGUCGACAUGUCAAGUGCGAGACAGGUGUGGGCGUUUGCUCUGAACUUCACAGAAAGUAACACCCUUCAUGUGCUGAUAAACAACGCAGGCUGUAUGGUGAACCAGAGAGAGUUGACUGAGGAGGGCUUGGAGAAGAACUUUGCCACAAAUACACUCGGUACGUACAUCCUGACCACGGCGUUGAUACCUGCUCUGGAGAAGGUGGAAGACGCGAGAGUGGUUACCGUUUCAUCAGGCGGCAUGCUCACACAGAAGAUGAACGUGGACGACCUGCAGUUUGAGAAGGGGACGUUCGACGGCACCAUGGCCUACGCUCAGAACAAAAGACAGCAGGUGAUUCUGACGGAGAGGUGGGCUUCUGAGCACAAAAAGAUCCACUUCUCCUCCAUGCACCCUGGGUGGGCAGACACACCAGCGGUCCAGACAUCCAUGCCUUCUUUUCACGCUAAGAUGCAGUCCAAACUGAGGACCGAGGCCAUGGGGGCGGACACGGCCGUGUGGCUCGCCAUGUCUCCCGCCGCCAUCAAGCAGCCGAGCGGACUCUUCUUCCAGGAUCGUAAAGCGGUGGCCACUCACCUCCCUCUGGCCUACUCCAGGUCGACGCCGCAGGACGAGCAGAAACUUCUGACAGCACUGAAGGAGUUCGCCGAUAAGUUUAAACCUUAAACUCUCUGUGAAUGUCUUUGAGAGAAAAAAAAACAAGCACUCCUCAAUAAUGUUUACAGGAUCAGGUUGUUUCACUACAUACAAAAAAACCAAAACUUCAUAAAAAACAUUUUAAUGGUAGUAGGUGUUUACAUGAAGGAAGAAUCCUUUUUUUGUUUUUCUGAUAAAAUGUGUCAAAACUAUAGUUUAAAUUUCCUUUACUGAGUUCCUUAAAGAAAGUAAGAUGCAGCAUACUGUAUUUAUUAAACAUAUGGGGAGACAUAUAUAUAUCACUGUUGAUUUAAUAUGAAUGUAAUGCAAAAUACAAAUGUGUGUAUUCAUUGCUAUAAAACAUCUUGUUUAAUUUCUACCCACUUUUUGGUGACCAAGUGGUUGGUUUGAAAUAUUUUCAAAUAAAAGUUAUUUAUACAUUUUC